CGUGGCCGGGGGAGCUGUGGGCGGGGCCGCGGCGCUGGCUGAGCACGCUGGGGGCGGGGCCAGAAAGUUUUGCCCGCGCUGCAAGUGGGUCUUGUUGGACGGCCGGUGGUCCGGGGUGGGUCCAGAGGCUGACGUAAAGGCGAGGGCUGGGCCGAACGUGCUGAGGGGCAGGGGGCGGGACUGGGGUGCUGGCGGGGAACGCCGGGGGGUGUGGCCACCGUAAAGUUUUGCCAGAGCCAGAGGCGCGGCCCCUGCUUCGGCGGGGAAGCUGUGGGCGGGGCCAGGUGCUUGCGUAGGAGAGGGGGCGUGGUCAGGGCGUGGCUGAGUGAAAUCCGAGAAGGCGGGCGGGCGCGGGCUCAGGCUGUUGCCUGGGGAGCUACGGGGCGGGCCUGAGAGAACUGUCUGGGAAAGGUCGGGAUCUUGGCCGGGUGCGUGACUCAAGGACGUGGGCGGGGCCAGGAGAAUGGCGGGAAGGGCGGGACCAGAAAGUUUGGCCCUGGCUGGCUUCUGGGCUUGCCCGGGGCGGGGCCGUGGAGCUGGUCCUUGGAGCACCCGGGGCGGGUCCCGAGCGCGUUUGUAGCGCCUUCCUGGCAGAGGAGCCGCCUGCUGCAGCCAGACCGUGUAGCGGAGGAGUGGCGCGACGCCGGCCGUGGCCAGCGAGAUGGUGAGCCCGCAAGCAGCCGCGCUGGACUUGAAGUCAAAGGAGGAGAAGGAUGCCGAGCUGGACAAGAGGAUCGAGGCUCUGCGGCGGAAGAACGAGGCCCUCAUCCGGCGCUACCAGGAGAUCGAGGAGGACCGGAAGAAGGCCGAGCAGGAGGGCGUAGCGGUGACGGCGCCCCGGAAGGGUCGUGCGGUGGAGAAGGAGAACAUGGCAGUGGAGGUGGAGAAGAGCCUGGGUCCCUCCAGAAAGUCUCCUGGGACCCCUCGGCCCCCAGGCCCCAGCAAGGGGGGCCGGCCUCCGCCUCAGCAGGGGGGCCGGGCAGGCGCGAGCCGGCCCUCCCGCAGCUGGGAGGGCAGCCCUGGGGAGCAGCCGCGGGGAGGAGCCGGGGCCCGGGGCCGCAGGGGCCGAGGCCGAGGCGCCCCCCAUCUCUCAGGAGCCGGAGACACCUCAGCUGCCGACCGCAAGUCCAAGGAGUGGGAGGAGCGGCGCAGGCAGAACAUCGAGAAGAUGAACGAGGAGAUGGAGAAGAUCGCCGAGUACGAGCGGAACCAGCGGGAGGGGCUGCUCGAGCCGAACCCCGUGCGGAACUUCCUGGACGACCCCCGGCGGCGCAGCGGGCCCCUGGAGGAGCCUGAGCGCGAGCGGCGGGAGGGCAGCCGGCGGCACGGGCGCAACUGGGGGGGCUCGGACUUCGAGCGCGUGCGCUGCGGCCUGGAGCAGGAGCGGCAGGGCCGCCGGGCAGGCCCGGGCAGCGCGGGCGACAUGACGCUGUCCAUGACGGGCCGGGAGCGGUCGGAGUACCUGCGCUGGAAGCAGGAGAGGGAGAAGAUCGACCAGGAGCGGCUGCAGAGACACCGCAAGCCCACUGGCCAGUGGCGGCGGGAGUGGGACGCCGAGAAGACCGACGGGAUGUUCAAGGAUGGCCCAGCGGCAGCCCACGAACCGUCCCACCGCUACGAUGACCAGGCCUGGGCCCGGCCCCCCAAGCCUCCCACCUUCGGGGAGUUCCUGUCCCAACAUAAAGCUGAGGUCAGCGGCCGCAGGCGGAGGAAGAGCAGCCGGCCCCAGGCCAGGGCAGUGCCCCGCGUCUACAGCGACCACGAUGACCGAUGGGAGACAAAAGAGGCGGCGGCACCCCCCGCCCCCGAAGCCCCACAGCCUGUAUCCCCCAAGGAGACGCCGGAGCCGCCUCCCGAGACCCCAGCUCCUGCCCACCGGCCCCCCGAGGACGAGGGGGAGGAGGACGAGGGGGAAGAGGAUGAAGAAUGGGAGGACAUGAGUGAGGAGGAGGAGGAGGAGGAAGAUGCUACUGAGGAGGAAGAAGAGGGGGAGGAGGCAGCAGCCCCAGCCCAAGACCACCAGCCCCCAGAGGCCACGCGCGCCGGGAGCCCCUCCAGUGAGCAGGCGGGCGUGGCGCCCCGUGGUGCUGAGGGGCCGCUUCCCCGGACCCCCACCCCGCCCUCCAGCCCCUUCUCGCCCCCUGGGGGCCACCAGCCCGUGUCCGACUGGGGUGACGAGAUGGAGCUCAAUUCGCCCCAGACGGCGCACCCGGCUGGCGCCCGCCCUCCCAAUGAGGCCUGGCCAUUCGGGGAUGCAUGAAGCCGGCUGCUGUGUGUGUGUGUGGGCCGGGGGCACGGCUGGCGAGGGCCCGCGGGGCCGGCCCGGGAACGCAGGCGCCCCACAGCCCUGGCGGCUAGGGAGGACGGCCACGGCCCUCUGCUGUCACCCAGUCUCUGGACUCUCUCCCAGGGCUGGACCCCAUGCCCCCCACCCCCAAUAAAGUUCACAUGUGCAGAUGCUAA